GAUUUUAUCCACAUUCUUCCAAGCUUUGUUAUACAUUGCCUCCUAACAAGUAUCCAAUUACCGAUGGUUAUUGGAGAAAAUCAACGAACAGUUCAAUGUGAAAUUAAAUAUAAAAAUGGAAGGCCGGAAUUUCAACUUAUGUUUGGUACCUUUUCUGAACAUGUAAUUAAGUCAAAUACAUCAGCUACCAAAGCUGCAACAGAUUAUGGAAAGCGUAUAAUAAAACCUGAAGUGCAAUAUUCCCAAUCAACACUUGAUAAACGUGCAGCAACUAUUAAGGAGAAAUUUACUCAAAAUGCUAAAUUUGCAUCAUGA